GUUUUAAUAAGUCUAAUACUGCGGGUAAUGGAGUCGCCAAUGAUUAGGGUUUUCAAUUUGUCAGAGCUAAUGGUGGGAGGCUUCGUCGUCUCAGACCCCGUAACGGGAGGAGUAGAUACAAGAGAAGGCUCGGCCUCUGACUCGCUGCUUAAUGGGGAGAAACUGUUGAAAGUUUCUGUCGGCUGAAUGAGCGACACCGGUUGAGCAUUCCUACAGCGUUUCCCUCCAGAAGCCAUGAGAAAGUUGUCCGGCUGCGUGGACCGUGCAAGGGGAUUUAUACUACUAUCUGUACUUACUGGUGGCACAGAUGCUGUUUCAUCUUUUCCUACACUGAAAUUACCCUUGCUUAACGAUUGCGUCUGAAACUGGGCUUGCAGCACAGCUAUCCUCGCCGUAAGGCGAUCGUUCUCCUGUAUAUUAUUAUUACAGCGACUGCAAUUAGAAGGCAUCAUGUUAAUGUUACUACUUAGCUGUUGGAGGUCCUGACGAACCAUGUCCAGAUAAAGCGUCUGGAGUGAAAAAGUUGAAUGAAAAAAAGUUGAGUGAGGGAACAACUAAAAAUAUAAACAGUAAUUAAAAAGUAAAACCCGUAAUUUUAUAAACAUGUUGCGUUUAUAUUGUUGUUUAGUAUACAUAGUGUAGUGCAGAAAACAUGGUAAUGAACUACAAUGACCAUAAUCCAUUCCACGCCUGCUUGUCCGUGUUUCUUUUAUGCUUGCUACGUAAAAGAGACAGAAGAAUGCAUGAUCGAGAAGGAUAGAUAGCAGUUGCUACGCAAAGUAUCUCUACCUGAAAAUACAUGAUCUAAGAGAUUGAUAGUUGAUAUUCAGCAGCCAAAUAUAUGCCUCUUUUACUUUGAGGAACUACUAUAAUUGUGAUUUUGUCAGACACCAUAGGCAGCAGCUCUGUAGAAAUUAGAUGAUAUGGAUUAAAUAACGUCAUCAAAUAAAACAAAUGUAAUAUGCACAACUGAAAUAUUUAUAAACUAAUGUGAAUAAAUUGUCGAAUAAUAAUUAAUAAUGAUAAGCAGUAAAUGGGCAGUCACUAUCAUCAUGGAACUUUUAUUAAUUGUUUUAUUCUGUGUUGUUCUAGCAUUAAUGCAUAGUUCAUUUCAUGUUUUAAAAAAAUAACAGAAACCAAAAUCGAAAACCGUGAUUAUUAUUUUGUAAAUAAUCAAACCAAAACCGAACCGACCUCAAAAAGCACUAAUCAUGUAUCCAUAUAAUUAUCCAUAUAUGGCUCUGGGGUAAUCCAAUUUAUACAAUUAAUUGUGUGUGCGUGUGUGUCCCAUUUGGCCUUUGCCUUAGUUUCGUUUUUCUUUCGUCACAAAUGAGUAAGCAAGGGUGUAGCCAAAGACAGUUCAGUAUGAAGAUAGGCAAAAACCUCUUCUCCAAUAGAAAUCCCAGAUCACGCUUGUAUGCGAUGUCAUGGCGACGUUGGCUAGCUAAACUCAUGCGGAAAAAUACGUCAUCCGGUUUAAAGUUGUUUUUGACGAAAAUGAAAACGUGUCAGUUUGACACUUUCACGAGUUCUGAGUAAUAACAUAUUCAACUACUUACGGCAUUGGCUCGAGUAUAGGUUGUGCCUUUAGAUUUAGAGAAAAUGAAGAACUAAGGAAGCAUAUUUCACUUCAAACCCCGGCCUGGUCUGCUUGGUCUGUUUCACAAGCGUUCACUUUAGUCUCGCGAUGUAGCGCCUCUGGUUUAGAAAUUCUGUGGUGUGGCGGUAGCCUGUCCUGGACCAGGCACAACAGUUGUGCAAGUCAUUGCGAGAUGGAUCAGCAAUAUUUAUUAAAAGUAAUUUGCUAUCACCAGGGAGCACUAAAUUAUGCGGAUCUGGCAGAUAUCGGGUGCGGGGAAGAUGUUAUCUGUGCCCUUGAUGAAAACGAGGAAUUUUCUAUCGCGUUGUGCAAUGGAAACAAAAGCAUUAUUGCGAAAACUAAGGUUAGACGCUGCAAGGCUCAGCAAUGUGAUGGCUGCAAUGAUUUACACCUGUGUAAAUUUUAUUUAUUUGGGGACUGUAAGAAUAGUAGGGGAAGACGGACAUGCCGCUUCGGUCAUGACCUGAACUCCGAACACAACUCCAGAGUUUUAAGAGAGUAUAAACUUGAGACGCUGAGUAGACAAGAAAUCCGGCAGUUGUUGUUACAAAAUGACAACUCUCUCCUUCCACCGGUGUGCAGCUCUUAUAACAAAGGCGCCGGGCCUUAUGGCAACUGCCCGGAUCAGGAGGGGUGUACAAGACUUCAUGUGUGUGACAGGUACAUCAGAGGAACCUGUUCCUCGGGAGCCGACUGCAACAGGUGUCAUGACUUCUUCGAACCCCACCCACGGAGGACCCUAAAGCAGAGGGGAGUGCCUAAUGAUCUAAUGGUGUCCAUGUUGUCCACCUACCGGAACAUCCAGGCCAUGAAAAGUGAAGGUGCCAGCGGUGCUGCUUCUAUCAACAGGCCCCAGAGCUGUCCUCAGAGAAAUACAGUGAGGAAUGAGAUCUGCCUGUUCUUUGUCAAGGGGGACUGCAAACAAGGAGAGAAAUGCUGGAGAGUCCACUUCAAAAUGCCCUACAAGUGGGAAGUGAAAGAUGGACAGACUUGGUCAGCUCUGCCAGAAAAUGAAGUGAUUGAGAGAGACUUCUGUGACCCUUCUAAGAUACACAGUGAGGGAUCAGACUGUGUGGAUUUCGACUCCAUGAGCCUUGGAUUCAGUGAAGUUCGCCGUCUCUCCACAGUUUCCUCUGUGACCGAGCCCACAUUCGUACUCACCACAGAGUGGGCGUGGUUCUGGGAGGACGAGUACGGCAAAUGGGUCCAGUACGCAUCCAUCAAAGAGAUGCACAGAUUGUCAUCCAUCACCAGUGAAGACCUUGAGAAAAGGUUCCAGGAGGAUCAAAGUGCUGUGGUGAAGUUCACUGCAGGCCAGCAGUCUUAUGAGCUGAGUUUCAGAGACAUGACGCAAUAUAACGAAAGAUUUGGUACUAUAAGGAUGGUCAGACGACGUCCUGUCUUUGUUUCAACUGUGGACGCACAAGCUGCAAGAAGCAGGCGAAAUGGACCACGCAACCCCUCUCAGAAUUUCAGAGCUGUUCCUGGAUUUUGGGACAAGUCUGCGAUACCUGACAUUGGAUACAAGACAGUCACUCUUCUGAGUUCUGACAGGGACUAUCAGAAGGUCCAGAGACUUUUCAACAACACCAUGAGGGGCUUCCAAAUCACCAGCAUCGAGAGGGUCCAAAACAGGGACCUCUGGGAAGUCUUCCAGUGGAAAAGAGAUUUAAUGAAGAAAAACAAUGGAAGUAAAAACAGCACGGAGCUACAUCUCUUCCACGGAACGGACCCAAAACACGUAGACGCCAUUUGCAGAGAUAACUUCGACUGGAGGCUGUGUGGAACCAAUGGAACUGUGUAUGGCGAAGGGAGUUACUUUGCCAGGGAUGCCAAGUACUCACACAGCUACACCAGCCACUCAGGAUUGAGAUCCAUGUUUGCUUGUCGGGUGCUUGUUGGCGACUACACACGGGGGAACUCGGACCUCCGUCGCCCCCCUCCAAAAGGCGAGGGAAGCCCGACUCUCUAUGACAGCUGUGUGGACAAUGUCCUGAACCCAUCCAUAUAUGUGGUGUUUGAAAAGCACCAGGUGUACCCCGAGUUCCUCAUCAAAUACGAUGAUGGCGUCAUGCAAUUGUCCUCUUUGGCUCCAGCUCCACCCAAGACUGUCUCUAUCCAAUCCACUUCCUUAACCCCAACAUCUAACCGGAUUCAAGCCACAGCUGCUGCUACCACAUCGAAGAGAGAUCCAUCCACUUUGAGUCCAUCUAAAACUGCAGCCACAACUUCCUCUAAUCCAACCGAUUCUCGUCCCACUUCGUGUUUAGUCCAUGAGUCUUGCCCAAAACCUGGCCAAGCCCCAUUGAUAUUCAGUCAAUCUCCCAUGAAGCCAGCCCCAAGUUCUCAAUUGGUGGAUACCACCCUAGGCUCAGAUUUCAAUCCCUCAUUUGCAAACCUCUCUCGCACACUCACUACCCCAGCCAGCACCCUCUCUCGUACACUCACUACCCCAGCCAGCACCCCCCCUCGUAUGCUCACUACCCCAGCCAGCACCCCCUCCCGUAUGCUCACUACCCCAGCCAGUACCCCCUCUCCUACACUCACUACCUCAGCCAGUACACCCUCUCACACACUCACUACCCCAGCCAGUACCCCCUCUCACACACUCACUACCCCAGCCAUUACCCCCUCUCUUACACUCACUACCCCAGCCAGUACCCCCUCUCACACACUCACUACCCCAGCCAGUACCCCCUCUCACACACUCACUACCCCAGCCAGUACCCCAUCUCACACACUCACUACCCCAGCCAGUACCCCCUCUCACACACUCACUACCCCAGCCAGUACCCCAUCUUAUACACUCACUACCCCAGCCAGUACCCCUUCUCACACACUCACUACCCCAGCCAUUACCCCCUCUCCUACACUCACUCCCUCAGCCAGCACUCCCCCUGGCAUACUUUCCCCUUCAACUGGCACCCUAUUUCGGGCUCACACCCGCUCAACAACUACUACUCACACUCUCUCUGCCAGCAGUACCUCUCCCCCACUAUCCCCUUCAUACUCAUUGAGCACACCUUAUCACACACUUUCUCACUCAUCAUACACCCCCACUUACACACAAACUCCCUCACGCACUUCCCCCUCCACGUCAAGCAAUUCUCCAAGCACACUAUCCCCCUCAGCAAGCAACCCAUCUCGGGUGCUCUCUCCCUCGGCAGGUGCCUUCUAUCGUCCACUAUCUACCACAACAAGCACCACUAGAUCUCCUCCUGUGUCACUGUAUAGUGUUCCAACAGCUCAAAGGAGGGACACCAAAGAAAAAAACAAAUGCCUUCUGCAAUAACUUGCCUUUGUCAGGGUGGAGCAGUAAGUUAAUAGAAAGUUUUGAUGGCGAACUUCAAAUCUUCAAAACAGAAAAUGUAUUAAAAUUAUGAAGGAUAAUGCAUUUGCAAAUUAAAUAUGUAGUAUAGCUGUGUAUCUUUACCUGUAAGGGGCUUAACAAUAGUAAAGCUGUUCACAACGAACCAGACGUUUGUAAUUUGAUGAGCAUGUUUCCUUUACUCAGGUCUGCUGACACAGUCGAUACAUUUGGUAAAUGAAACAAGUUUGAUUUCUGUGUUUUAAACUCAUAAAACCAUUGAUUCUGGA